AUGAAGUUGCCGUACGCCAAGUUGGAAAAACAUUCCCGACCGGUGAGAUGUGUCCAUGCGGAGUAUGGCUGCACGAUGCUCUUCUGCUCUGUGCGGUGUCGGCAAGCGGGCUGGUCACGAUUCCAUUUUGCUGGCUGCCCCGGGGCUAUGAUGAGUGAUCAGCGGGAUGCAUACGACGAAUUUAUUCACCAUGAUUGGGAAUACAGGGGGGUGGACUACAGCGACACCGUCUUUCUUGCCUUCCGCUUUGUCUGCAUGGCUGUGACGAACAUACGCCUACACCGUCAGUCGCUGGAGUUGGCAUAUAGGCCGAUUGCGCAGCUAAUCAAAGCACCGUUGUCCUUUUUCCACUUCACUUACCUUUUUUACAGAGAGGAGGCAGACAGCACGGAAAAAAAGGGAAGAGGAGAAAAGCAGAUAGAGAAGUUGCGGCUCAUUCGCUGGGAGGCUUUUCGAAAAUUCCGUGCGACUCACAUGUCAACGACAGAGAAUGACACCACGGACGACUUCCUUGCGACGGGGAUGACGCUUUUAGGACGUAUCCUACGUUUCACGCAGGAAGAAUGUACUCUCUUUACAGUAGCACGGUGGUCUGAGCUUCUCGGAGCCGUGCUGCUUAACGGACAGGAGCGUAGCCCACCGUCUAAUUACGAUCGACUGAAGGAACUUGUGCGGCGCCUACCAUGUGGGGAAUCCACCAUGGACGCGUUUGAGCAGGAAGUGCAGAUGGCAGGCAACGAAUUGCAGCAUUUGCGUCAAAGCUCGCGGGGUCAAGGUGUAUACACCGUUGGAUGUCUCUUCAACCACUCGUGUGAGCCGAACCUGCAAGUGGUCUACAGUGAAUCUGGUGAUGAGACGCUGUCGGUUGUAGCCCUCCGCGAUAUUGAGCCAGGGGAGGAGUUGUGCAUCAGCUACAUCGAUGAGUCCCUGUCUUAUCCCGAACGUCAACAGGAACUGUACGAGCACUACCUUUUCUUCUGCCAGUGUCCGAAAUGUGAGCGCGAGGCGGCCGCCUGGGAGCCCAUCGAACCGUGUGAGGAAGUCUUAUCUUCUGCAUACACCUUUUCUCAAUUAUACUGA